CAAAUAUUGAUAACAUUUUAUCACAGUAACUUUGUGUUUUACUAUAUUUUGAUGUAAUUAUUUCAAAUUUAGCUUCAAACAAUAUAUUGACGUAAAAAUGUAUCUCAUUCUCAUUUUGAUAUUUUUGAUAACAUUAUUUUAUUAUAAAGCGAUCAAACCGUAUUCUUAUUGGACCCAAAGAGGUGUUAAACAAAGAAAACAAAUUUAUUUACUUGGAGAUAAUGCUGGGCAAAUAUUUAAACGAGAAUCUUUUUAUGGGAUGAUUAAAAAUCUUUACGAACAUUUUCCUCAAGAACGAUAUUUCGGUAUGUAUCAAAUGCUUCAUCCAACAUUAUUGUUAAGAGAUCCAGAACUUAUAAAAACGAUUACAAUAAAAGAUUUUGAUCAUUUCGUGAACCAUAAACCACUUUUACCAGAAAGUUCAGAAACGAUUUGGACUAAAAAUAUUCUUUUAACACAAGAUGAUGAUUGGAGACAAGUAAGAGUCGCAUUAACUCCAAAUUUUACCUCUAACAAAAUGAAGCUUAUGUUUGGAAUAAUUUUUGAAACUACGAAUACUUACGUGAAACAUUUUCAAAAUUUAAACGACAAAGUUUAUGAAGUAGAAUUAAAAGAUUUAAUGACAAGAUACGCAAUUGAUAUAAUUUCAACCAUAGCUUUCGGUUUUAAAUGCGACUCAAUCAACGAUAAAAACAACGAGUUUUAUAUUAAAGGUGUCGAUUUAGGUCGGCUUGAUUUCAAAAGAGUCUUAAAGUUUUUUGCAUUUGAUUUGUUUCCAACUUUAAGCAAUUUGAUUAAAAUUAAAGUUUUCCCAAGGAGUCUAUCAAGUUUCUUUGAAAACAUCAUUAAAACCACGAUAAAAUUACGAGAAGAACAAGGAAUUGUUCGUGGAGAUAUGAUUGAUUUUCUUCUUCAAAGUAGAGAUAAAAUGGAAGAUAAAAAUUUAUUAUCGGAUGAAAAUAUAACAGCGCAUGCUUUUUCGUUCUUUUUCGGGGGAUUCGAAUCCACUUCAACCGUUUUAAGUUUCAUGGGUUACGAAUUAGCAAUUAACCCUGAAAUUCAACAAAAACUGCAAGAAGAAAUCGAUAAAACAUUUCAAGAAUGUAACGGCAACUUAACUUACGAUGCUUUACAAAAAAUGAGGUACAUGGACAUGGUGGUUUCGGAAACUUUAAGAAAAUGGCCACCAAAUCCGUUUACAGAUCGAGUUUGCGUCAAACCUUACACAAUUCCUCCAACUAAUCAACACGAACAAUCUCUUAAUUUAGAAGUUGGUCAAACGGUUUGGAUACCCAUCUAUGGGUUACAUAAUGAUCCAGAAUAUUUCCCAAACCCCACUAAAUUCGACCCGGAGAGAUUCAACGAUGAAAAUAAACAAAAUAUCCCAUCAGGAGUUUAUGUACCUUUUGGAAUGGGACCCAGAAAUUGUAUCGGAUCUAGAAUGGCGUUGUUGGAAAUUAAACUAUUCUUUUUCAAUAUGCUAGCUAAUUUUGAUUUCAUUCAAAUUAACAAAACAGAAAACCCUUUAAAAUUAGUUAAUUAUGGUUUAACUCUAAUAACUGAAAAUGGUAUUUGGGUGGGAUUAAAACCGAGAAUGUUUAAAAACUAAUUUUAUACAAAGAAUAAUUUAAACUAUAUAAACAGAUAAGUUUUA